CUGCUAAAAUAAAAUCAAAGUUGAAUAUAAAUUGGAGCAAGAGACUUCAAGAACAAAGAAAAAUCCGACAAAGGCAGAAUAACAAUUUGGAUUUAAGAACUUUAUUAAUGUACUUUAAAGUAUCUGUCGAAUUUGCUUUAGCACACCAAAAAAGAAAAAGAAGAAAAUUUAAGAAAGAAAAACAAGAUAAAGGCAAAGGACAAAAUAUUUCUG